UCCAGCUCCGGCUCCGGCUCCAGUGGAAGUGAAAGCACCGGAAGUGAAAGCACCGGAAGCAACCGGUGCCGGUGAAGAAGGUGCGCCAGGCGAUGGACCGGUGACCGAGGAAGAAAAGGAGAAACAACGUAAGGAACGCUAUCUCCGGCUGUUCCCAGAGCUGAUUCCUGAGGAAGGUAAGCGGGUGGACACGCGGACGGUGCUCCGAUUCGGUAGCACCCUGCACGAUAUCAGCAUCGUCGAGGGGAAACCAGUCCGUCUGUUCUGUACCGUGCUCGGUUCGAAGGCCGACUUCAAGUGGUACAAGAAUGGUGAACCGAUGGAGUUCAGCAAGCAGAUCAAGAACCUCUCGGAGUCCAAGGAGGGUACGGGUACCAUCCAGUUUAACCGUGUAGCCCGGGAAGAUUCGGGCGAGUAUCAGGUGGUGGUGAAGGAUAAGUCUGGCGCAACGAUCAGCGGUACCUGCCGGUUGACGGUACUGCCCGUUCCGGUGCGCAUACCGGUGGCGGAAGGGGAACCACCGCGCUUCGUUCGCUGUAUGCUGCAACAUUACGAUCUGCGUGUGGACGAUCUGGUGCUGGAAACGCAGAUCAAGGGUACGGGCCAGAUCCGGGUCGAGUGGUACCUGGACGGUAUUAUCAUCCCGAACAACGAGAAGUUUAUCCAGAUCCGCGAACCGCACGGUAUCCAUAAGCUGUGCAUUCACAAUCCGCAGAUCCGCGACAAUGGCCGCUACACGAUCCGUGCCAUUAACGACUUUGGUACGGAGGAGCUGAAGUAUACGCUUCGGUUCGAGGGUAAGGCCGCUGCCAUGCCGAUGUAUCACAUGCACCACGCGGACAAGCGCACGAAGCCACUGUACGAUGAGGAAAAACCGGCCGAACCACGUCAGCACCGGGAGGUGGUAUUCCUGGAGGAUGGCUCCUACUAUCUUAAGGGUCAAACUCCCGAACGGUUCUGGGAGUGGGAGACGGAUACGGAUGCGGAAAGCGAGUACGAGGAGUACGUGCCCGGUGACACCGAGGAAGAGGAGGAAGUCGAAGCCGAAGAGGAGGAAGCGGAAACGGAGCAGCCGGAAGGAGAGGCACCAGCCGAGGUAAAGGAACCGGCCGCAGGCGAAGGUGCUGAGGGGGAGGCCGCAGAGGAGGAAGAAGAGGAAGAGGUUGAACCGCCACCGAAGCCGGUCAAGCGGGGUCCCAAAAUUAAGAAGCUGCGUCGUAAGCUACCCAAAAAGGACUCCACGGAAAAGGCGGUGGUUGGUGCGGAACCGAAGGUCGCUGCAACGGCACCGGCUCCGGCUCCAGUACCAGCCGUUGCUGCGCCAGCUGCUGAAGGUGAAAAGCCCAAGAUGAGACUCAGUCAGAUGAUCUCGAGCGGCCAAAGCCUAGCUCCACCGGAGGUACCGCGUGUGAAACGGUGGAAGAAACCAGUCGAGGUGGAGUUCAUCUCGCACCUGCGCAGCGGCACGAUCCGGAAGGGUAAGAGUCUAACGCUGAACUGUUGCUGUUCGGAUGCGAAGAAGAUUGAAGUGACCUGGCUGAAGGACGAUGUGCCGCUCGAGAUGGGCAAACGGUGUCGCUGUGACGUGACACGCUUCGGCCAUUGCACUCUCGAUCUGGUCGAGCUGACGCUAGAGGAUUCCGGUGUGUACAAGUGCGUCGCGAAAACGGCCAACGGCACGGCCACCGAUUCCUGCCGCAUCACGGUGUUCGAGCUGGAAAAGAAGGCCGAAGUCGAGCUGGUACCACCAACGUUCCUCACUCCACUGAGAGAACUCUACCAUCCGACGACGAACGAUCUGCAUCUGGAGAUACGGGUGCGCGGUAAUCCGGUACCAACGUUCCGCUGGCUGUGCGAUGGCAUCCCGAUUCUGCAGAGCAACGAAAAGUACGAGAUCUUUAAUCAGCACUACUACGAGCAGGGCACCAAAAUCACCACCGUCCAGCUGAUCAUCAACGAUCCGCAGAUGCGGGACUCGGGCAAGUACACGCUGAUCGCCAAGAACGAGGUUAAGACGAUCGAGAUGACGCGCCAGGUAUCGAUACCGCUGCGAGGCGACCUACUGCAGCAGCAGGGACGCAAGAAGCGCAUGGACGAUGUGGUAGUGGAGAACGAGGCCCCGCGUAUCCUGCCGAAACCUCCUACUCCGGAACCGGAACCGGUCAUCGAGGAACCUGCACCACCACCGGAGGAGGAAGCGGAAGAAGAAGUGCAAGAGGAAGAAGAGAAAGAGGAGGAAGAGGAAGAUUAGGGGAAGAUCGUUGCAUUAGCACUUACAAACUUAGCACUGUAAGAUUCGUUGUUCUGUUCUCCCUUCCCCCGAUUCCCUAAGUACCACCUUCCCCACUCUCCAUCCUUGUUUAACUGUCUCUUAGUGACGAGUGAUGCGCGCGUUCACGUUUGUUGCUUAAUAGAUUCAAUAAAGUAUUUCUUAUUUAUUAAAUGGUACCGGUA